AUGGAUGGUAUUGAACUGAGAAUCACUUAUAAAGGUCGUACAAGGUCUACAUGGUUAUUUACAAACACGACCACAAAACAAGAAUUUGAUGAUUAUAUUCGAUCAAAGAUUGUUAGCGAUGAAUUGAAAGACUAUGAUAUUCAAUAUGAGGACCCAACAAGUGGUAAUAAGAUCACUCUAGACAAAAAUCAAUCUAAUUUUCUAACUCCAGUAUUUAUCUGUGCUACAGUACUUACUGGUGUUUAUUCUUUAACAUGUGCUGACCAUUUUAUAAACAUAUUUAUUGAACCAAUAUUGCAAGGUGAUGACGAUCAAAUCAAUGCAUUAUCACCAGCUACAUGUGAUUUAGAAUCACUAAUACCACUAGAUUUUUCACCUGCGUUUGAGAGAUUUUUAGAAAAUCUCGAACGACACGGAGAAGAUUGUGUCGGUCAAGAAAACGGCUCCGAUAGUGUCAAUGAUCAAGGUGAUGUUGCGCCAACUAAACACAUGCAUCAAUCAGAAGGGCACAGCGUGGACAAAAAUUCGCCGAUGCCUACAACGUCAAAAUGUUCAGAUUUAGAUGUAAAACACAUUCGUAUGAUCCACGAUGUUAGUCCACAACCUGGUAGAUGGCGAUAUAUAUCUGAUGUUGUACCGCAACGUCCUGCUGAGGAACGGAAAUCUGAAGCAAAGCGUAGUCAUGCUCUACUAUCAGGUGUCAAAACACCAGAACAAAGAAACCAACAUAUCAGACCUAUUAUUAGCAUUCCGUCCUUUGUUGUUAAAUUAAUCAAAUCUGGUGUCCCAGUUGCUUUGUUGGUAGCUAGUGUGACUGAAAAAAAAGUUGAUAACGAACGUGUGUGGAGCUUACAUCGACCCAGUAAAUUUCGGCGACCAGGCUGUAGUGCGGAAUCCGAUGGUGCUAAUCCUAUUGAAAUGGUUUUGAACCAAGAAUUAGUUCAACAUGGGCAAUUCAAGAAACCAGGUGAAAUCAGUAAAAAUUUAGGAGGUCUUGUCUUGCAUAAACUAGAUGAAGAUAGUGUACAAAAGCUUCAUGUUGCUGAACACAAUAAUAAACUUAUUCGAUUAGCUUUUAUUUUGAAGAUCAAUGGAUUACGACACAUGAACACAUUUGGUUUGUCUGGUUUUAUGAAUUUUACAACCAAAGAUAAAAGUUGUCCAUCAUCGGUUCAACCAAAAAUAUGCCUGGAAUGUAAUCAAUCAAUUAAACGGAAACGACCAGCAAAAAGGCGUUCAACAGCAUAUUCUGACUCUGACUCAGACAUCACAGAAGAAUAA